ACACAGCUGGUAUAUUACACUCUCGUGUACAUUGCGCGGCGUUGUUUGACGUUUGGAUCGGUUUAGACCGCAUGCAAACAGCACUGUAGUACGUGUGUCAUUAGUGCUAACAUAUCCAGCAUCGUAGCAAGGUUUUCGGAACCGAGUCCCAGCGUUCUUAAGCUUCGAGUGUUGGCGCAUGCUGACUGUGGACACGUGUACGGCAAAUAUGGCCAGUGGGAGUAAGUUUAGGUGAUGUCAUUCUUUGCUUUGCCUUGCGCAGAAAUUAUUGCAUCCGAUUAAUGUCCGUGCAUUGUUGAAACUGUUAGUCUAAUAGAGAUUCCACUGGAUGUUCUUGGACACGUGUGUGCGUUUCCCACAGCUAUCUUGAACAUAUGGCUGCACUGCCCAGAAUGACUGCAUACCGGCGCGUGCGCCGCGCCGUGCAGGAAGACCUUAACUUAAUAUUAUCUUCUGAAGUAGCAGAUUCGUGCCUAACUGAAGCCCCGAGUGGCUAUUCCACUACAGACGGUGUGGUAAGGCCGGCGGCUGAGUUGCUUCAGCAUUCAUUUUCUGAGAGUGGCGGUGGGCCUAGUUGCAGUACUCUUACUCCACUUGAACUUCUGGAGGCAGAUGUGAGCACCAACGACGUUCGUGCAUGUCUUGACAGCCCUCCGAGAGAUGGUGGGCCUUGUAAUUCAACUCUUGAACGAAUGCGCUCCUUAGGUGAUAAUACAUUGCCCCAAGGAGACCAGCCAAACACCACAGUUUCCUUCAAGGAAAAGCUGCAGGUCUGGUGCAUAGAGAGAGAUGUGCCCCAUGUUACUGUCACACAUUUAUUGCAGGUUAUGCGCUCACAUGCUUGCUUUUCUGGCCUCCCGAAAUCUGCUAGAGCUCUCUUGUCAACACCAAGGUUAGCAUGUGGUGUUAAACCAAUGGGUUCAGGCCAGUAUUGUCAUUUUGGUUUAACUGAGAGCCUUCAGGAUGCAUUGAAAAAUGUUCUACCUGUACCUGACCCACUCAUACUCCAUGUGAAUGUAGAUGGACUGCCUUUGACAAAAAGCACACGAGACCAGUUCUGGCCUAUUCUCUGCAGAGCAGCAAAUUGUGAAAGCAGUAAGCCAUUUCCAGUUGGCAUUUAUUAUGGCCAGUCUAAGGCUUUACAGCCUAAUGCCUUCCUACAGCAGUUUGUGUUUGACUUGAAAAUAGCCCUGCAUCAUGGUGUUGCUGUUGGAAGCCAACUGAUCCGUGUGGAACUUGGUGCAAUAAUCUGUGAUGCACCUGCUAAGGCUUAUAUUCUGGGCAUUAAGGGUCACAGUGGAUACUUCAGCUGUCCCAAAUGCACAACGGAAGGGAAUCAUAAGCAUGGUCGUAUGUGCUUCCCUGAACUUGAUGCCCCAUUGCGAACAGAUGCAAGCUUUCGUAACGUAGAUCAGGAAGAUCACCACAUUAUGGACACAAUCCUCAAGGAUCUUCCCAUUGACUUGAUUAGGCAGGUUCCACUUGACUAUAUGCACCUGACUUGCUUAGGUGUUGUUCGUAAGCUUCUGCUCCUCUGGAUUAAAGGAGAAAAGACCUAUAGAAUAGGGAAAAAAUCAAGAGAGUCUGUGUCAGGAGCAAGUACUGAAAUACGGCACUAUGUGCCAUCAGAGAUGUCUCGAAAGCCAAGAAGCUUGUCGGACAUUGACAGGUGGAAGGCUUCAGAGUUCCGGCUUCUUAUGCUGUACACUGGCCCCGUGGUCCUGAAGUCAAAGAUACCUGAUCAUCUGGCAGACAAUUUUAUGGUGUUGCACGUCGCCAUGAGCAUUCUGUGUAGCCCGCUGUCAUGCACUCAGAACUUGGCGUAUGCAGAGAAGUUGCUUGUGCAUUUUGUUAAAGUGUUCAUUGAAAUAUACGGUGAGCAUGCUGUUUCACUCAAUGUCCACUGUUUGGUUCACGUCGCAGACGACGUUCGAGUUCAUGGACCUCUGCAUGGUUACAGUGCAUUCCCCUUCGAAAAUUACAUGCCUAGGCUAAAGAAGUAUGUCAGAAAGCCUGAAAAGCCUCUUCAGCAGCUUUACAAUCGAAUUAUGGAAGAGCGAGCAUUGGCAAGCAUGUCCAGCAGACCAGAAACUUGUAUUGCUCUUGAUUCAGGCUCUGUAUGCUUCACAGAAAAGGAAAAACUGCUGAUGAGGCAUGAUAAUGGACCACUUCCACUAGGUUGUGUGGGACCUCAGUACAAAGGUUUCCGAUUUUCUCAAGACGUAACCAUAAAAGUGAACAAGAGGGACUGCACGUGCAUGCUAAAUGAUGACAGCAUUGUCAAAGUUGAAAACUUUAUAGUCUGUGCUGUGAGCCACAUGCCUUUGCUUGUUGGAAGGAAGUACCAGAAAUUGGAAGACCUUUAUACUUAUCCAUGCAAAUCCUCUCUCAUUAACAUAUUUUUGGCAUCCAAUCUUUCUGACAUCCACUUUUGGCCUGUUUCGGAUAUCGCACUGAAAUGUGUGAGACUUCCUUUUGGGAGAAAGUAUGCCAUAUUUCCAAUGCGACACCUGCAGUGAUUUCUUACACUUCUAUUUACUAUUUUUCCAUUUCUGCUUAAUAGUUCAAUGAUUGCUUUUAUUUCUUGCCAUUGAAUGAGUUUUUCAUUGUCAUAGGACAGUACUUCUCGGGUAUGUAGAUUGCUUUACCUGUAUUUAUUUUUGCUUUGCUCACUUUCUCUCUAUUGUGUUCUUGAUUGUACCAUGCAUUUCUAUGACACUGUUUUGCAUGCUAUAUUUUUGAAAAAAGUUACCAUGGGAUAAUGUUCCGCUCUCGAAUGCCUAAAAUAUUUCUUCUUAUAGUUGAGUCCUAUUUAGACAAUUCACUAUUAUAGAGGCCCUGAAAAGCUUUUUGAACACAAGAAAAUGUUGCCAAUCUGUCCUAGACACUGCUGUGAACCCAAUAUUACUGCUCUGCAUGCAGCAGGGAAUUUACAAUCUCGUGCAAAAACAGCAAAAAAUCGCUUACCCUAGCUUCUGCAAUGUCGUCUUGCAGUGUCAUCGCAAGCAACUGGACCCACCAACGCCAUUGGCUUAUUUCGUGAUCACAGGAGCUUUCUCAGUAAUUCGUAAUUGUUAUUUUUGAGAUAAGUUAAACAUAUAUGGCUGGUGUCUCAAGAAGAUAGGAAAAUCGUUUCAUCUUUGCACUGCAAGUCUACACGACAAUGAUGGCAGCAGCGUGCUGCAUAGCGUAGUCUACCGUGGCCGCCAUGGGGUCACGGUAGCCCUUGCACCACUGCGACAUUGAACUUUUGGGCGGGGCUUUGCCCUUUUGGUUUCUCUGCUGUGUAAUGUUGAGUGCUCUAGCGGAUACGGAAAGUAGGAUAACUGCACUUAUAGUUCCCAAACAUUUUUGUGGCAUGACAUUCUUGAAAUGUCCUUUAAUAGUGAGGCCAUUCCAUGAUUAGACAAAGUGUUUAGGGCCCCUUUAAGACUGUUGUCCUUGUGACAAACAGCAAAAAAAAAAUUCUGAAAUGUAUUCCUGGUCUAUUAUUAUGUCAAAAUGGGAAUCAAUUGUAUGUUUACAACUUCGUAUAUGCUCGACUUGUAAAACAGGGCGAUAUAUUCAGUUUUGUAUGCUCGUUGUCUUCCCUUUGAUGUCUUUGAGCUGUGGGAGGAUACUAUACUUCACUUUUUCCUUUAAGUUGACAGGUUUGCUGUCGUAGAAUUCCCCGAGGAGGACUGCAGCUUAGCAGUUGUUCACAGUUCAUGGCUAAAUGAAAAAAGAAAUAAGACAUAUUGGCCUACAUUGAAAAAUUCAUCUCAGCGGCGUAGAGCCACUGUUGAGGGUGCUGCACCAUCCCCUAGCUGGACACAAGCCAACUGUGUGGUGAAAUCCUGGGCUGGUAAGACACUUACGAAAAGGCGUGUGAGAAGCAGAACUUCUUGCAGUAUCACUCGGACAUGAGCUGCGAAGAGGAAUUGGGACGUGGAAAAAGAAAAAAACGAAGUGCCUUGGCUUCUGAUUAUAGCAGUGACCAAGAGACAACUGACAGCUCGGGUGAUGAUGCAAAUUACGAACCUCCCAGGCCACCAACACCGCCUCGACUAAUGACAAACAUUGGUGGCUAUGACCCAGCUGCUGCCCACGCAUCAUUCAAGACGCCUGGACGACAAAAGAAACGCUCUGCAGCCCAUCGCUAUGAAGCAGAUGUGACUUCGAGACUUAAUACACAGCGGUACCAUCGUGCUGCUUCGGCGAGUCCUGCCACUGAAAAUGGACAGCGGCAACUUUAUGCAGGUGCAUCUGUGAGUCCCAGGCCUCCGUUGGGAAGCACGGAUGGAUCAGAGACUGAAAGUGUGCCAUCGAGACUUCAUGCUGGACCAUCUACCACUUCCUCAGGAUUACGAACGGAUCCGCAAGUGCUUGCCUUUAUGGAGAGGAUAUUGUCUACGCUGAAUACAAUUAAGGUUGUGCAACAAACGCACACACAGCUCUUGGCUGAACUGAAGACAAGUGCUGCAGAAGUAUGCCCAGAGAGCCACACGCUUCCCGAUCUGCCAUUUUCGACUGCAAGGGACAUGGUUGAUUGGGAUGCCGAACUUGGGGUCAACAAGGAAGCAAAGCUUCAAAUGAAGAGACACAUGGUUGUCCAAGGUGGCGACACCAUAAAGCAGAAGACUGCACGCAUCUUGAAAAGCAUCAUGUCUUGGGAUGUGGCAAAGCAAUUUAGUUGGUUUGGUGCAAAAGGAAAAAUGAAGUUUUGCGAGCUGAAUGUUUCCAAGCUACUGUGCACCUGCCUGAUAGAAAAUGUCAAGCAAAAUCUGGAGGAGGCUACGUUGAAAAAUGUAGAAAAGGCAGCCAUGUCUUGGUUCCGCCAUGCUGCAGAACGGGCAGCAGCAGGGCAACAAAGGCAACGACCACUGAGCAGAACAUCAGAACAGGACAACGAGGCCCUCAUUUGAGACAGUGCUCCAUAAUUUUUGCUGAACUUUACAAUAAAUACUUUUG